CGCGCGGCUGCGGCGGCGGCGGCGCGGCGCGUGAGGGGCCGCCUGGGGCCGAGCGGGCGCCGCCAACAUGUCGGAUACGAAGGUAAAAGUUGCCGUCCGGGUCCGGCCCAUGAACCGGCGAGAACUGGAACUGAACACCAAGUGCGUGGUGGAAAUGGAAGGGAAUCAAACGGUCCUGCACCCUCCUCCUUCUAACACCAAACAGGGAGAAAGGAAACCUCCCAAGGUAUUUGCCUUCGAUUAUUGCUUUUGGUCCAUGGAUGAAUCUAACACUACAAAAUAUGCUGGUCAAGAAGUGGUUUUCAAGUGCCUUGGGGAAGGAAUUCUUGAAAAAGCCUUCCAGGGGUAUAAUGCUUGUAUUUUUGCAUAUGGACAGACAGGUUCAGGAAAAUCCUUCUCCAUGAUGGGCAGUGCUGAGCAGCUGGGCCUUAUUCCAAGGCUCUGCUGUGCUUUAUUUAAAAGGAUCUCCCUAGAGCAAAAUGAGUCACAGACCUUUAAAGUCGAAGUAUCCUAUAUGGAAAUUUAUAAUGAGAAAGUUCGGGAUCUUUUAGACCCCAAAGGGAAUAGACAGUCUCUUAAAGUUCGAGAGCAUAAAGUGUUGGGGCCAUAUGUAGAUGGUUUAUCCCAGCUGGCUGUCACUAGUUUUGAGGAUAUUGAGUCAUUGAUGUCUGAGGGAAAUAAGUCUCGGACCGUAGCUGCAACCAACAUGAAUGAAGAAAGUAGCCGCUCCCAUGCUGUGUUCAACAUCAUAAUCACGCAGACGCUUUACGACCUGCAGUCUGGGAACUCCGGAGAGAAGGUCAGUAAGGUCAGCCUGGUAGACCUGGCGGGUAGCGAGAGAGUGUCCAAAACAGGAGCCGCGGGAGAGCGACUGAAAGAAGGCAGCAACAUUAACAAAUCCCUUACAACCUUGGGGUUGGUUAUAUCCUCGCUGGCUGACCAGGCAGCUGGCAAGGGUAAAAACAAAUUUGUGCCUUAUCGAGAUUCAGUGCUCACUUGGCUUCUUAAGGAUAACUUGGGGGGCAACAGCCAGACCUCUAUGAUAGCCACCAUUAGCCCAGCAGCAGACAACUAUGAGGAGACCCUCUCCACCCUGCGAUACGCGGAUAGAGCCAAAAGGAUCGUUAACCACGCCAUUGUGAACGAAGACCCCAAUGCCAAAGUCAUCCGGGAGCUGCGGGAGGAGGUAGAGAAACUGAAGGAGCAGCUCUCGCAGGCUGAGGCUAUGAAGGCCCCUGAACUAAAAGAGAAGCUUGAAGAAUCUGAAAAGCUGAUCAAAGAACUAACAGUGACUUGGGAAGAGAAGCUGAGGAAAACAGAAGAAAUCGCACAGGAGAGACAACGACAGCUUGAAAGUAUGGGGAUUUCCCUGGAGACAUCGGGUAUCAAGGUGGGAGAUGAUAAGUGCUACUUAGUCAACCUGAACGCGGACCCUGCUCUUAACGAGCUUCUGGUUUAUUAUUUAAAGGACCAUACCAGGGUGGGUGCAGACACGUCCCAGGACAUCCAGCUCUUUGGCAUAGGAAUACAGCCGGAGCACUGUGAGAUCGACAUCGCAUCCGAUGGUGAUGUGACUCUCACUCCAAAAGAAAAUUCAAGGUCCUGUGUAAAUGGCACCCUUGUGUGCAGCACUACCCAGCUGUGGCACGGUGAUAGAAUCCUGUGGGGAAAUAACCACUUUUUUAGAAUUAACUUACCUAAGAGGAAACGGCGAGACUGGUUGAAAGACUUUGAAAAGGAAACCGGCCCGCCAGAGCAUGACCUGGACGCAGCCAGUGAAGCUUCCUCGGAACCAGACUAUAACUAUGAAUUUGCACAGAUGGAGGUUAUCAUGAAAACGCUGAACAGCAAUGAUCCAGUGCAAAAUGUGGUUCAGGUCCUGGAGAAACAGUACCUGGAAGAAAAGCGGAGCGCCCUGGAGGAGCAGCGGCUCAUGUAUGAGCGGGAGCUGGAGCGGCUCCGCCAGCAGCUGUCCCCGGAGCGCCAGCCCCAGAGCAGCGGCCCCGACCGCCUGGCCUACAGCAGCCAGACGGCUCAGCAGAAGGUGACCCAGUGGGCAGAGGAGAGGGAUGAGCUCUUCCGCCAAAGCUUGGCAAAACUGCGCGAGCAGCUUGUGAAAGCCAAUACCUUGGUAAGGGAGGCAAACUUCUUAGCUGAGGAAAUGAGCAAGCUCACUGACUACCAGGUGACUCUGCAGAUCCCUGCCGCAAACCUCAGUGCCAACAGAAAGAGAGGAGCAAUCGUGAGUGAGCCAGCUAUCCAAGUGCGGAGGAAAGGAAAGAGCACCCAAGUUUGGACCAUCGAGAAGCUGGAGAAUAAAUUAAUUGACAUGAGAGACCUUUAUCAAGAAUGGAAGGAAAAAAUUCCUGAGGCAAAGCGUCUCUAUGGGAAACGAGGUGACCCUUUCUAUGAAGCCCAAGAGAAUCACAACCUAAUUGGCGUGGCUAAUGUGUUCUUGGAGUGUCUCUUCUAUGAUGUGAAACUUCAGUAUGCAGUUCCUAUCAUCAGCCAGCAGGGGGAGGUUGCAGGGCGCCUCCAUGUGGAAGUCAUGCGAAUUACAGGGGCCGUCCCGGAGCGCGUGGUGGAGGACGACUCUUCUGAGAACUCCAGCGAAGGUGGAAGCCUCGAGGUCACGGACAUCAGCGGGGAGACUGUUCACCGAGUCAAGAAGCUGACUUGCCGGGUAAAAAUUAAAGAGGCAACCGGGCUGCCCUUAAGCCUCUCAAAUUUUGUCUUCUGUCAAUACACAUUCUGGGACCAGUGUGAAUCCACAGUGGCUGCCCCAGUGGUGGACCCCGAGGUGCCUUCCCCCCAGUCCAGGGACGCCCAGUACACUGUGACGUUCUCUCACUGUAAGGACUACGUGGUGACCGUGACAGAAGAGCUCCUGGAGUUCCUGUCAGAUGGAGCCCUGGCCAUUGAGGUGUGGGGCCACCGCUGCGCUGGGAACGGCAGCUCCAUCUGGGAAGUCGACUCUCUUCAUGCGAAGACAAGAACGUUGCACGACAGGUGGAAUGAGGUAACUCGAAGAGUAGAAAUGUGGAUUUCCAUAUUGGAAUUGAACGAGCUAGGGGAAUACGCUGCAGUGGAACUCCACCAGGCCAAAGAUGUCAAUACAGGGGGCAUCUUUCAACUCAGACAGGGUCAUUCCCGGAGGGUACAAGUCACCGUGAAACCGGUGCAGCAUUCAGGGACACUGCCGCUCAUGGUGGAAGCCAUCUUGUCUGUGUCCAUUGGCUGUGUCACUGCCCGGUCCACCAAGCUGCAGAGAGGGCUGGACAGUUACCAGAGAGAUGAUGAGGAUGGUGAUGAUAUGGAUAGUUAUCAGGAAGAAGACUUAAACUCUGUGAGGGAAAGGUGGUCCGACGCACUCAUCAAACGACGAGAAUACUUAGAUGAACAGAUUAAAAAAGUCAGCAAUAAAAAAGAGAAGACGGAGGACGACGUGGAGCGGGAGGCCCGGCUUGUGGAGCAGUGGGUGGGACUGACGGAGGAAAGAAACGCCGUGCUGGUGCCUGCACCGGGCAGCGGGGUCCCCGGGGCGCCCGCUCACUGGAUCCCACCACCUGGAAUGGAAACCCACAUCCCGGUUCUCUUCCUUGAUUUGAAUGCGGAUGACCUCAGUGCCAACGAGCAGCUCGUGGGCCCCCAUGCGUCCGGUGUGAACUCCAUCCUGCCCAAGGAGCACGGCAGCCAGUUUUUCUACCUGCCCAUCAUAAAGCACAGCGACGAGGAGGUUUCAGCCACAGCCUCUUGGGACUCCUCAGUGCAUGAUUCCGUUCACCUGAAUAGGGUCACGCCGCAGAAUGAAAGGAUUUACCUCAUAGUGAAAACCACGGUGCAGCUCAGCCACCCAGCUGCUAUGGAGUUAGUAUUACGAAAACGGAUUGCGGCCAAUAUUUACAACAAACAGAGUUUCACUCAGAGUUUGAAGAGGAGAAUAUCGUUGAAGAAUAUACUUUAUUCCUGUGGUGUCACCUAUGAAUUAGUAUCCAAUAUACCAAAGGCAACAGAGGAGAUUGAGGACCGGGAAACACUGGCCCUCAUGGCAGCAAGGAGUGAAAACGAGGGCACUUCCGAUGGGGAGACCUACAUUGAGAAGUACACGCGAGGCGUGCUGCAGGUGGAGAACAUUCUGAGUCUUGAACGGCUCCGGCAGGCAAUCACGGUCAAAGAAGCACUGUCCACGAAAGCUCGGCAUCUCCGGAGGAGCCUAAGCACGCCAAAUGUUCACAAUGUCUCCUCCAGCCGACCAGACCUUUCUGGCUUUGAUGAAGAUGAUAAGGGUUGGUUAGAGAACCAAUUAGACAUGUCUAACUACAGCUCCAGUUACCAAGAUAUAGCCUGUUAUGGAACUUUACCCAGGGAUUCUCCUCGAAGGAGUAAAGAAAGUAGUGGUUGUACAUCCGAGAACCCUCACGCCUUAACAGUCAGUCCUUUUAAAGCAUUCUCUCCCCAGCCGCCAAAGUUUUUCAAACCCCUGAUGCCUGUAAAAGAGGAGCAUAAGAAAAGGAUAGCUCUUGAAGCGAGGCCUCUUCUAAGCCAGGAGAGCAUGCCUCCACCUCAGCCACAUAACCCUGGCUGCAUUGUGCCCUCGGGAAGCAAUGGCAGCAACAUGCUACUAGAGCACAAUAGCAAACGUGAGAAGAAGAUUGACUCUGAGGAGGAGGAAAAUGAUCUGGAAGCUCUUAACAGGAAGCUGAUAAGUUCACAGCCUUACGUGCCCGUGGAGUUUGCAGACUUCAGUGUUUACAAUGCCAGCUUGGAGAACAGGGAGUGGUUUUCUUCGAAAGUAGAUUUGGUGAACUCAAGGGUCCUGGAGAAAGAAGUGUCCCGUAGCCCUACCACCAGCAGUAUUACCAGCGGCUACUUUUCCCACAGUGCCUCCAACGCCACUCUGUCCGACAUGGCGGUCCCUUCCAGUGACAGCUCGGACCAGCUAGCCAUUCAGACAAAGGAUACAGACUCCAGUGAGCAUUACGGACCGUCCCUUGGGCAUGAUUUCAGGCCGUCCUCAAACAAAGAGUUGACAGAACUAGAAAGAGGCUUGCUUAAAGAGAAGAUAAUUAUGGUGCCACUCAAGGAAAACAGUGCCUUAGCCAAAGGGAGCCCAUCACCCCAAAGCAUCCCUGAGAAAAACUCCAAAUCCCUCUGUAGGACUGGCUCCUGUUCAGGGCAGGAUGCCUGCUCCAGCCGAAAUGGCCAACCAGUCAGAGAAUUUUGCCCCAGGGAAGUGACCAUAGAGCACACCACAGAUAUCCUUGAGGACCAUUCUUUCACAGAGUUUAUGGGUGUGUCCGAUGGGAAAGAUUUUGACGGAUUGACAGAUUCUUCUGGAGAGCUUUCAAGUAGAAGAAACCUACCCAAUAAAAUGGACAGGAAGAGUAUCUCAGAUGGGCCGCAGGGCCCUGCCCAGCUGCAUUCCUCAGCAGAGAAUGAACAGGGCAGCGCGAGCACUCGGUGAAAGCAGCCAGCGCCUCCCCGCAGGCCACAGCAUCUUCGUUGCGGUCUGCCUCGUGAAAGCACCAGCCCCAUCUGUAAAACAUGCUGCGGCCCAGCCGGGGACCCCAGACCAGCGUGGAGAAGCCGAGCGCUUCGUGGGCCACCUGCCUUCUCCUCCCGAGCUGGGAGAAGCUGGCACUUUGUCACUCGGGGGAAUCGGCAGCCUCUGCUUUUUCCGGAAAGCCAGAGAACCGAAAAUCCUGGAUCGAAUUAAGUGGCAGUAUUUUUGUUUGCACUUAGGACUACACACACCCACUGUGUAGAAACCUCCACAGAUUCAAGCGAACUUUAUUCUUGUACAAUUUUAAUCAGUUCUUACUGUAGAAUCUGGAGUCCGUACUCUUUUUUUUUUUAUAAAUAAUAUAUAUGAUGUAUAUGAAAUGUAUAUCUAUAGUAUGUCUGUUUGGAGACAGACGAGACUGCACAUGAAAAUGCAGAUGUGAGUGGUUUCUAGAAAAUCGUAAGGUACUGGAUUUGGUUACAAAACCACUUAGGUAAUCUCUUAUACAUGAGCAGAUGAAAAAGAUCUGAUUGCCUAAGAAUGAGGUUGCGAAUCCCUCUUUGCAGGAAAGGUUACAGAAUGCCGUUCUUUACAACCAAAGAACUUACAUAAGACUGAACGUUUUUGCUGUCCCCUCGUUUUGUGUGUACAUAUAUGUCUGACUGUGAGUUUGGUGCCACACUCCUCUUGGCUACCAGGCCACAUGUAGCUGUUCUGUGUCCUGUUUCAUAAAGCACACUGAAAAAUCUCACAGCUAUAUUCCUUAGUCUUCCACCCGGCCACCGCCUGCUGGUGCGACGUUGUAGGGUAACUGUUGACAAUGCCUGGGGCUCCGACUCCAGCCUUCCUUACCCCAGGGUUGUGGUUCGGCCUGGCUGGCAGGGGGGAUUCAGAGAGCAGUAUUACUGUUAAGAGAACACAAAGACAUGCCCGGAGUUGGGUUUGGGGAGGGGAGGGGAUGUUGAUUUUUGUCUUUUUGUGGUUUUUCGUUUUGGAUCGGUAGCUUUCGUCGUGUGGUUUUGCUGUUGUUAAUUUUACUUAAAUUCUGGGAAACACUGAAGGCAUGGGAUGAGCUAUUAAGUUCACAGGUGCCCGCUUCACCGUGCUCGCAGCAGAUGAUAGAAUGCAGGUGAUCCUGCUGUCCACGUCUUCAUUGGCAGGGUUCUCCUGGUAACCGAGACGUCGAAGGAUUACGCAUGUGGAAAUUCUUACAGAAGUACUUUCUGCGCUCGUUCUGUAGAUGCCUGUAAAAUUGGUGUGGAUGUACAGCAAUAAAUGUGUUGUGGGAGAGAGAGAAUGUGUACAUUCUCUAAGUUUUUCUUUUCAGUUCUUAGCAUCAGUCAAUGAGUAAGAUUUUGGAGACUUUAAUGAAAAGCUGCUGUUGAUGACUUUUGUGUAUAGUGAGCCGACUGUAGUAUUCUACUAUUGUCUGUUUAAAAAGAAAAAGAAAAACUGUAAUUUAUAUCCCCUUUCAACUUUAUUGUAUUUAAUUGGUACAGAUUGUGUGUGUGUGUCCGUGUGUGCGUGUGUGUGUUAGAAUACAGACUGUCUAAUUCAGAUUUUAAAA